UUUGUCACUUCUCUGCUCCAGGAACAGCCUGCUGAUGGGGGAGAGCAGGACAGGCCCCGGGCUGCCACCAAAACCGUCACCAGCCCCGCUCCGAGCCGCUACGGCAUCCGAGCACUGAGCCUCCGUGCCCGGGGCAAGGAGACCCCCGUAACAGGGGCUUUGGCUUCCCGUCGGACGAGGCACCUCGCAGGGUGGCUUUCAGCAGUGAGAAAGAAACAAGGAGUCUAUUCUGGAAACAUUCUGGGAAUAAAGGCAGCAGCAUGAACCUGAAGAAAUACUUCAUUCGGGCGCUGCACCGCCUGCAGAAGGGCCCCGGCUACACCUACAAGGAGCUGCUGGUCUGGUACUGCGACAACACCAACACCCACGGCCCGAAGCGCAUCAUCAAAGAGGGGCCGAAGAAGAAAUUCAUCUGGUUCUUCCUAACGCUGCUCUUUGCGUCUCUGGUCUUCUGGCAGUGGGGUAUCCUCAUCAACACCUACCUCUCCUACAACGUCACUUCCUCUCUCUCUAUUGGCUUCAAGACCAUGAAGUUCCCCGCAGUCACGGUCUGCAAUGCCAACCCUUUCAAAUACUCGGAGGUGAAGCAUCUGCUGAAGGAGCUGGACAGGCUCAUCGAGGCGGCGCUGGAGAGGAUCCUGCAGCCCACGCCCGGCAACGGCAGCGACAGCAGCUCCCCGCCGCUCGACCUGGGGCUCUGGCACCAGAUCCCCCUGGUCCUCAUCGAUGAGCACGACAAAGACAACCCCGUCAUCCUGGACAUCUUUGAGAGCAACCCGGCUGCUGGGGGCAACGAAACCGCUGCGGGCAACCAAACCGCUGCUGGGGGCAACGAAACCGCUGCGGGCAACCAAACCGCUGAGGGCAACCAAACUGUUGAGGGCAACCAAACCACUGCUGGGGGCAACGAAACCGCUGAGGGCAAUGAAACCGCUGAGGGCAACCAAACCACCGCUCCACCUGCCCCAGCCAACACGACGUUGGAGGAAAAGAAGUACAAGCUGGCGGUGAAGCUGUGCAGCCACCAGGGCUCCGGCAACUGCACGUACCGCAACUUCACCAGCGCGGCGCAGGCGGUGACCGAGUGGUACAUCCUGCAGUCCACCAGCAUCCUCUCCCGAGUGCCGCUGCAGGAGAGGAUCCGCAUGGGCUACCAGGCAGAGGACAUGAUCCUGGCGUGUCUCUACGGGGCCGAACCCUGCAACUACAAGAAUUUCACCCAAAUCUAUCACCCAGACCACGGCAACUGCUACAUCUUUAACUGGGGCAUGGAUGAAGAGGCUUUGAAUUCUUCCAACCCCGGAGCCGAGUUUGGGCUGAAGCUAAUCCUGGACAUCAGCCAGCAGGACUAUAUCCCCUACCUGUCAUCCGCUGCCGGGGCCAGGCUGAUGCUGCAUCAACAGAAGAGCUUCCCCUUCCUGAAGGAUCAGGGCAUCUAUGCAAUGGCCGGGACAGAAACCUCCAUCGGCGUGCUGGUGGACGAGCUGGAACGGAUGGGUUAUCCCUACAGUGACUGCACCAUGAACGGGUCCGACGUCCCCGUAAAAAACCUCUAUAGCCAAUAUAAUACUUCCUAUUCCAUACAGGCUUGCCUGCGCUCCUGCUUCCAAAAUCACAUGAUGGAGAUCUGUGGAUGCGGUCACUAUAUGUUCCCUUUACCCGAGGGGGUAAAUUAUUGCAAUAACGAAGAUAACCCGGGCUGGGCAUACUGCUACUCCUCACUGAGAUCAAGCAUAAGACACAGGCAGAUCUGUAUUGACUCUUGUAAGGAAACGUGCAACGACACGCAGUACAAGAUGACCAUCUCCAUGGCAGACUGGCCCUCUGAAGCUUCGGAGGACUGGAUUUUCCAUAUUCUGUCUUAUGAAAGGGAUAUGUCAACAAAUGUGACUCUGGACAGAAACGGGAUCAUCAAGCUGAACAUCUACUUCCAGGAGUACAACUACCGCACCAUCUCCGAGUCUGCCGCCACGACGAUCGUUUGGCUGCUGUCGAGCCUGGGAGGGCAGUUCGGGUUCUGGAUGGGGGGCUCGGUGCUGUGCCUCAUCGAGUUCGGGGAAAUCAUCAUCGACUCGCUCUGGAUCACCGUCAUUAACGUCAUCGGCUGGUGCAAAGGCCUGAAGCAGAAGCGGGCGCAGGCGCGGUACCCGGACGCGCCCCCGACGGUGUCGGAGCUGGUGGAGGCUCACACCAACCUGGGCUUCCAGCACGAGGACGCGGGCGCCCUCCCCCGGGACGAGGCGCUGCCCCCUGAGCCCGGCACCCCCCCGCCCAACUACGACUCCCUGCGGGUGCAGCCCCUCGACGUCCUCGGGCCCGACAGCGACGCAGAAAGCGAGUGAGGGGCGCACAAGGGCAGGCUGCCCGCGCCGCGUCUGCCUGGCACCGCCUGAGCGAGCCUCCCCCCUCUGUCCAAACUAGAACUGGAAAGCCCUGGCUGUCCUCCCCGCCUGGCGCUGUGAAGAAACCCUGUAAUAAACCCCCCAGAGUCGGUGUCUGGCUUCAGCAGGUCGAGCUCGUACCCAGCAGCACGGCUGCGGAACCAUAAGUUCCU